CAUUAAUGGAGUUCACCGGAUCUUCACCGUCCGAUCGGAAAUCAUUGCCGGCGAUUCUAAUUCCCGGUGAAAAAUCUGCCGGAGUUGUAGCAACUCCGGUGAUGGAUCAAUGGAGCACCAAAACACCGGAGAAACCGAUCCCAAAUCGCAUGGCGCGGUCACUGCUCUCCUUGAAAGACGUCAGAGAAGCAGCUCAGAAGCUCCGGAAACCCGAUCCGAUUCAACGCGAGGUUUCUGACCCGUUAUUAAGCUACGGUGAAGUGAAAUCUCCUUUGGUAGUUGAAUCGCCGGUUUCUGAACGGAAGAAACAUGUAAAUUCGGUAAAGCUGCCGGAAAAGUAUGAAUUGUUGGAAAAGUACUUCAAUAGCAUGGAUAGUUCAAUUCGGUUGCUGCAUUUGAAGGGAUCUGCAACAACUUUAACUAAUAUUAGUGCGAAAGUAGAGAGUUUGAUCGAUAAGAGGUUUACUUGCAGCCAUUUAGCUCAGCUGAAGUUUAUUUUACCUGAAGCCAUUGAGAUAAAGAAGAUCCUCAAGCACGAUGAGCGCAGUUGUUGCAUGAAGCCGGAUCUUUAUAUCACUUUAAAUGCAAAUGCAGUUAAUAAUAGUGAGAAGUGGAAAUCUAACAGUAGCAGUGUUCUAUUGAGGAAAGUAUUCCGCGCUCGUCUCUUGAAUUUCUUCAAGUCACACCCUGAGGGUGAUGACAUUCCUGAGGGAAUGCUGCCAGGCCCAUUCACUCAGUCUAAGCAAGCAGUGACCGACUCAUGUAGACCUUCUGGCUCACCCUUAACCAGUGAGGCACCUAAUGGUGUGUUUCCUCUGCAGUCAAUAACUGCAUCUCACCUGUCUGUAUCUUUCAAGAGGUGCUUUUCAAAUCAGGCAUCUAUUACUGGAGGAACGAAUGUCAAGGAAAGAGAUAGAGUUGGGUUUGUGCCUGUUUCUCCAGCUUCAAUACCCCUUAAAGUUGCAAAUUCCACUAAGAAGAAAACAGUAGCAUGUUCUGAUGCUCCUAAGUUAUCUCUAAAACAAACUAGUAGCAUGAAAUGCUCAGCUGGAGGGAUUGUUUUGGCUAGUUCACCAUGUCAUCCACCUGCUCUUCCUAUGAUUGAAGCCAAAAAAGGAGAAGAUGCUUCUAUGUCUGCUCCAGCAACCCCUAUGCUCGAACCUCCAAAGAGAUGUUACAUGAGUCCAGAUGAUCCAGCUGAAUCACAAAUAAAACUAGCUAGACGCCCGUCAACUAGAAGGUCGUUGCUCUUUGGCACUCCUGUGAAGAGUGCAAAUACUGCUGAUAAAGUCUGCGAGAAUGGAAGGUUUUCAACUGAUGAUGAUAUUCUUGACAUUCUUCCUGAGAAUCUUCUGCAAUCGAUAGGAGAAAAGGAGAGUGAAGCAUUAGCAGAGCAAAAUCCAGCCAUAUCCCAGGCAAAAAGGCGUAAACAGAUGAUUGCUUGUUUGCCUCACCUCUUUGACAUGAUCUAUUUCCUGUUUCAAUCUAUUAAACGUUCUGUCAUGACGAAAGAGGAGCUCAUGCACAGAGUAAUUUCAAGCCAUUUAGAGAUAACGGAUAAAAGUGAAGUUGAACAGCAACUCCUAUUACUGCAAGAAUUGGCUCCCGAAUGGAUUUAUGAGAAACCAGCAUCUAAUGGAACUCUUCUCUUAUUUGUUAACAAGAAAUCAAAUCCUGACACAAUUCGUUCAAGACUAGCAGAAGCCAAUUGAGAGAAACAAGAAACUAGUGAUAUGUACUUUAUUUUACCAAAAUAUUAGUGUAAGGAAUAACAAUUUAGUCUAAGUUGUAAAUAAUAGUGUUUUGUUUAAUUAAUACAGUACCACUUAUGUUGCAUCAAAUGGCCAGUAUAGUUAAUGAUAAUUCAUAGUCUCAUUCUUAGUAAUUAAAUCUUUGCUUUUCUAAAAAAAAAAAAUACCAUACAUAAUAGCAUGACACACCAAUUUUAAAAAUAAUAGAUGGUACAAACUCUCAAGUAACAAUUUUUCAUAAGAAAAUAUUAUACAUUCCAAAGUACAAAACAGUCUCUGUUUUCUCUUCUUUCAUUCUCUAUUGUUAUGACUUAUGAGAUAUGACCAAAUUAACGCUCUUCUCUCACAAUAUUCCAAAAUAGUUGCAAUGCUAACUCUAUCAUGUAGCAGAAACUACUUUCCAUUUCUUUCAUCAAGAAUGGUGGAGGGGGUGAUGAGAGUCCGGGAAUACAACUAGGCCGGUGUCAAGAUAGAGCAGGGAGAGUUAGAACGAGAGUUCAUCGAGAGAUUUAACAGGUACACUCAACAACACAAUAGUUGUGACAUCCAUAGUUACUUUGAGUCUCUUUUCAUUGUCCUUCUGGUUUAAGUACAGCUUUCAACCUGAGGAA